AUGAAGAUUCUCUGCCUCCACGGCGCGUACGGCAGCGCCAAGGCAUUUCGAACGCAGCUUGACCCCUUCGUCUCCAAGCUGGAAAGCACCGGCGAGGUCAGCUUCAAGUUCGUCGACGGCCAGUUCCCCGUCAACCCUCCCGCGGGGUUCGGCGACUACUUUGGCCCCCCGCCGUACUUUCGCAACAUUGACUUUGACGGCGUCGACGGGCUCGCCAAGCUCGUCGACACCCUGCGCGCCAACACCGAGGGCGAGUCAUACGAGGACACGCUCCGGUCGCUGCUCAGGGGCGACGGCGCCAUCCCCGGCAAGGAGACCAUCGGCCGCACGUUUGACCGCAUCACGCAGUACCUCGACGAGGAUCCCGAGAUUGACGGUAUUCUUGGGUAUUCAGAAGGCGCCACCGCCGCGGCCUCGUACAUCUUUCACGAGGCUCAGCAGGAGGAGGAGCACGGCACGCCGCGCAGGAUCAAGUACGGCAUCUUCUUCGCCGGCUGGCCGCCCAGCAAGGUACAGGACGACAAGGUCCGCGCCGUGCUGGCCGACGAGUGCGAGGACGUGAUUGACGUGCCGACGUGCCACAUCGUCGGCAGCCUGGACCCCUAUCUCUACGGCGCCAUGUCUCUGUACGCCGUGUGCGACGAGGACAGCGCGACGCUGUUUGACCACGGAAAGGGCCACACCGUGCCCCGCGACAACACGACGAUUGAGGAGCUGGUGGCGUCUAUUCGCAAGACCAUGGCCGACGCGGGACUGUGA